ACCGAGGCCUCUUUCGCAGUUAAAUGGGCCCCUGCUAGCCCUGGGGCCCCUUCCCACUCUUACCACCCCGCCCACCCCACCCAUGGACUCCCCCGUGCCCACACUGUGCCCCCUCCUGCCCACCCUCACCCCUCCCUUGAUCCCCCCUUCCCCCUCCCCAGGCUGCGGAAUUGGCAGCGCCACCUCGGAGCAGCCCGGAGCGGGAGCCGCCGGCGCCUCGGCCUCCAGCAGCCCGUCCAACCCAGAGACAGAGGAAGACAAGGCCAAGAAGCUGCUGUACUGCUCACUGUGCAAGGUGGCAGUCAACUCAUUGUCACAGCUGGAGGCCCACAACAAAGGUACCAAACACAAAACUAUUCUGGAGGCACGGAGCGGGCUGGGCCCCAUCAAGGCGUAUCCUCGCCUGGGCCCCAAACCCAUUGGAGAGCAGGGAGGGGGGCCGGUGGACCCCAACACUCAGGAAAGAACCUUCCACUGUGAGAUCUGCAACGUGCGGGUCAACUCUGAACUCCAACUCAAACAGCACAUAUCAAGUCGAAGGCACCGGGACGGCAUGGCGGGCAAGCCUAACCCCCUCCUCAGCCGACACAAGAAGCACAGGGGAGCUGAUCUGACGUCUUCUUUGACCUUCUCUAAGGAUCUCACCAAAGCUUUGGGUGCAGGCCUCUUGCCCAGCCCCUUGGCUGUUGCUGCUGCAAUGGCCGCUGCAGCUUCGUCGAACCAGUUGGCCCUCCGUGCGGCAGCUUCAGGGCCUCACCCGCACCAUCACCUAUUGCAAGGCCCGCCUCUCAGCCACGCCAUCCUAAGACCUGCUCCGGGGCCCAUCCGCACCACCCACGGGCCAAUCCUCUUCUCCCCUUACUGACACAUUACCUGCUGACUUCGGCCAGUCAGGAACAGCCACUCCAAAAGCACACUGUGAAGAUACAAACAUGAUCAACAAACAGCAAUUGAUAGGGGGGCGGGAAAUCCAAUCAUUUAAAUAUUGAACUGAGAAAACAAGGCAGCAGAGAGGAGUGGAAGUACUGUAUAUGUCUCUCUUUCUUCCCUUUACCUGAAACUCUCCCUUCAUUUCAAAGACUUCUGGGUGAUGGAAUAAGCAGAGGAGAGAUAUUCAUUAUGCAUUGAACUCCCUUGGGCAUCUCUCACCUCCCCUGGUCCCUCUCCCUUGCACUGUGGCCCUGUCACGGCCGCCUCGAUGGCUACAGACAAAACACAUGCAGACCUUUCCGGAAACAUUAAACCACAUGUAGUGUUACAUAAUUAUUCCCGGCCAGGUUGGUUAUUCUCCUGUCAUCAUGGCUCAACGUGUUCUUCUCAUCCUAUGCACCUCAAAAACCAAGACAGUAAUGUUUUGUCAGUAGGGUCCUCGCUGUUUGCGUCACAUGUAGCUGUGCUAGCCUCUGCCGUUCUGUACAUGCCCCCUUCUGCACUGGAGGCCAGCAACUCUUCAGUUUGUGACACUUAGCUUCUCGCUAGAUACAGCAUGACUCGGGCUGACAGGACCGCAUCUGAGCGUCUGAUGGUUGUGUGUGUGUGUGUGUGUGUGUGUCUGUGUGGGGGGACAGAGAAGUGACUGCGGGGAUUGUGUUCCCCACUGUCAUUUCUUGAGAGGGUGAGGUGAGAGGAGGGCUGGCACGGGUCAGUGGAGGGAGUGACCCCAGGCGGCAUGCAGACACACAGGCCCGAACGAAUCUGUGUUUUUUAAAAUAGACUGUACCAACAAGCAUCGCUGCAGGGCACAUCUGCCAACCUUCAUAUUAGUCAGAGCAGAAGCUCUCAAAGGGGAGAGACGACGGGGAAAACAACAGAAUUCACACAUUGGUGCGUACUGUACUGCUGUAUUAUACACAAUCACUGUCCAUAGCUUAGAAUGCAGAUGGGAAGGUUGUGUGCUUUUGCUCACAGUAAUGAGUAAUAUUUAAGAACAUAACUCAUACGAUUAGAGCGAGACUUCUAUUCACAUGAAGAUAUCAAAAAAGCAUUUACUGACAUCCUGACCAUCACCCUGGUCUUUUGAUUGGCUGCGUAGGUGUGAAGGUAAUGACUUAGGUCUGACCCUGGAAUCCGAUGUGUUCAUGUUCUUUCUGCAUGCAGCCGCCACCAUGCAAUAAGCUCCUGAAGGGUCAGGCCUCUGCAUCACUGGGUGGACAUCUUUCAUUCCUGCCCCAUUCUCCUCACCUCCCCCGUAUCCAAAGGUUCAAAUUAGUCCAUGGUCGAGGGCACAUUGGCGCUGGCAACCAUUAUGCUGAAAGGGAACAAAUUAAAAGAGAGGACAAUGAAAGCCAAGCCAAAUACGUUCUCGGAGAGAUGAUGUGGAGCCGGAGUGACAGCCGAGCUCAGAAGCCCACAGCGAAGCCACUCGGAGCUGGAGCCCAAGGCGUCCAUCAAUACUUCCUGUCUUACAAUUGAAAGCCAUGAAAUGCACCAUGAUUUGUUUUCUUUUACAAAGACUGGUGAGCACUUUGUUUUGUUUGGUUUGGACUGUUUGUUUAUAUCAUGCAUAAAAAUGAGCAAAAUGAGAAAAAAACAUGAUAAAAAUAUUUUUGUAGGUAGAAAAUGUUGAUAUCUGCAUCCGUGAAGGGAAAAGCAGAAAGGCUGGAGUCCAGCAGAUCAUGGAUUUGAGUGACGUACAGGCACAGAAACUAACUCAGCGGGCAGCCACAGACCUGACUUGUCUUGCUCGACAGCUUGAAGCUAUCACUCCCUUUUUUCUGAACAAGAUGUACACUGUGCCCUUUCAUUGAGAAGCAAUGAGCUCUAAUGUCUUACCUUUGUCUGAAUAUUGCAAUGCAAUGAGCAAUUUUUAUCAGAGUGACUUGUUAUCAUUGUGACAUGUUGUCUGGAGUCAUGUGUAAACCGGGAGCAUGCCAGCUGACAGACUUUUCUGUUCUUCCAUGAGGCGAGUGCGAGCCCUCGCAGGGAUUUAAAGAGGGACAGAGAGAGGUAGAGGUGGAGCUGGGUUUAGGUACUGACCCUUCAUAUUAAAGGGCCUUUUUACUAUGGUAAUCUCUGCUUGGGGAACAGGGUACAGUGCCAGGUAUCAAGGGAUUAUUAAAGACAGAUGUUUUUUUUAGUUCGACUUACUGAAUUGCAUUUUUUUUUCUGUGUGUGUGAAAUGUGUUUAAGUGUAAGUCCUGAGGAACAUUAUCAAUGCCAUUACUUAAAGAAGAAACUGGCUCGGGGUCCGCUUCCACCGUUGUGCUUUUUAUUUUGUUGUUGUUGCUGGACGAAGCCUCCUUUGCAGAGUUAAUUCUGUGUGUGAGAUAACUCUUCUAGAAUCCAUGCUCUCUCUCUCUCUCCCAUUGGUGUGUGUGUGUGUGUGUGUGUGUGUGUGUUACCAUGUAUUCUUGUGUGUGUUGGGACCAGCCCUUGCCCCCCUCUCCCCCACCAAUCAGAGACAGAAGCGACCUGGAGCUAUAGUGCCCUAACAAAACAUAAACAUGCACACGUUUGGUUUAGGAAGAUUAAUCAGUCACCUUGGAUAACUAUCAGACUUUAUCAAUGACCCGACCUGACAAAGUACUGCAGUGUCCCUGGUAGGUCAGUCAAGUAGCAGCACCACAGAUAUGUUCAUAUCGUCCUUAACACGUUCAGUCUGUGGUUAUUCCCAUUGAUCCAUUUCAUCAUUCACGUAUGGGAAAUAAAUGUUAGAUUCCUUUUUUCUGGGCAGGUAUUUCAUGUUAGCUGUGUUUAGGCAACUAGCCUUAGCCUUAUUCUGCCCUCAGUCUCUCCCAGAGAAGAGAGAGAGAGAGAUGGAGAGGCUACGGUGUAAUUUUUUUGUCUUGCCAAUAAAGUUAUUUUUGAAUUUCAUUGUCACGGGGGACAACGAGUUUGUAUGGCGAACUGUAGCAAUACCUGACUCAUUCUGGCUACUCUUGUUUAUUGCAAUAAGAAAAUGAAACAAUAAAUGUGUAUGUGAGUAAAACAUUAUAAAUGUAAUUUAAAUGAAAAAGAAACUUUAUGGUAAAUACUAUUGGUAUCAAGAGAAACCAUGGUGGAAAUAAAAAAGUACA